ACAUGGUUUAUAAUAUGAUCUGACAUGUGACUACUGAUGGGUUUGCAUGUGUGUGUGGAGAGUUUGUUUGGAGGAUGGGUGUAAGUGCAUGGGUGUAUGUUGAUGCAAAAAAUAUUAAAUUUUAAACAGAGUUAAUGGUAUUUUUGGCAAUGACAAAAAUGUGGGGGCUAGUGGAGUCGGGGGGACAGAAUYAGCGAGAGAGAGGGGAGAGAAGGAGAGAGAGAGAGAGACAGAGAGAGAGAGAGAGAUUUGAACCAUGAUUACAGAGAGCCGUGGCUCUAGAGAGGGAUAUUGGGGUGAGAGAGAAGAGGGGAGUGUGAUGAAGAGGGAGACAGGGAUUUGCAACAGAGAGGAGAGAAAGAGAGGGGGCAGUGACACUCAGUGACAGAGUGUCAUAUGCACUCACAUGUGCACACACCCUCUCUUUUUUGUCUCUGUGAACGUGUGUCGGUAAAUCCGUCAGUCAAUAUAGUCACUUUUGUGGGGGGAAAUGGUGAGAGGACCUCCAAACCUAUCAUCCAGUCUAUGACCUACGGACCAAGAAGAAACACACACGGACACAGGAAGACUGUUUUUUCCACAGAGGACAGUCGCCAGUCAGUCCAUUAUUGGACACCAGGGCUGUCUGAGAGUCUGGAGGCAUCAAGCCUGUUGUUGUGUAUGGACUGCUGCUGCACUAAGACAGAGAGGUGGAUUAACACACAACCCUGACACACGGACAAACUCAGUCUGCUCCCAAAGCCGUGGCCAUGUCAUCUCCCUCUCUCCCCAUGCCCUCCCUCCCCCCCAGUCCACUGGCCAUGGAGUACCUCAAUGACUUUGACCUCCUUAAGUUUGAGGUGAAGCCUGACACUCCUCCUCUCCCUCCCCCCUGCACAUUCCCCAAGUCUAGCCUACCCCACGACCCCUCCAGUUCCCCUGGUCCCUACACCAGCCUCAGCUCCAGCCCAUACAACUCCCUGCCCCCUUCUCCAACGCUGAGCGAUGCCCACCCACCUCCCUCAGCCUCUUCCUCCCUCUCCCCUUCCUCCUCCUCCUCCAUCUCCUUCCCUCUGUCCAUCUCAAACAGCUACACCUCUGGCAUCAGUUCUGGAUCUCAGGGGAACGUGGAGGGUAGCCCCUCCCAUGGGGGUGCCCAGGGUCCUAACCCUGCCUCUUUGGAGGACCUGAUCUGGCUCGCAGCGCUGCAGCAGCAGUUUGGAGGGGAGGCGGGGGGACCUGCGUCCCUGCUGGGAGGCGGGCCAGAGCGGGGAGACAGAGAAAGAGGGUCGGUCGGCAGCUUCCUGGGCUGUGAGGACGCUGUGGAGGCUCUACUYAACUCAGCUGCAGCAGCUGUAAACUCACAGUUCCCAGUGCUUUCCCAGAGUUCCAGCAGUAACCUGGGGGAUUCGGGUAGUGACAGUGGAGGUGACAUUUCUUGCGCCAAUGGGACAGAUAUGUGUCAUCGUCCACUCCUCUACCUCUCCUCUGGCCCUCAAUUGCUCCCCAACACCAACCCCUCUUCAGCAUCCUACCCACAACCCCAGAGCCCCUCUGACCGACUUCACCAUCCACAUCAUCAUCAUCAUCACCACCCGCACCACCCCAUGCAUGGCCAUCAUCAUCAUCAUCAUCAUCAUCACCUCCAAUGUGGUGGGGUGGAUGAGCGUUUCUCAGACGAACAGCUGGUGAGCCUAUCGGUGCGGGAGCUGAACAGACACCUGCGUGGCGUCAGUAAGGACGAGGUGGUGCGUCUCAAGCAGAAACGUCGUACGCUAAAGAAUCGAGGCUAUGCCCAGUCCUGUCGCUACAAACGCUUGCAGCACCGCCACGCACUGGAGUCCGAGAAACACGUCCUCACACAACAGUUGGAACAGCUGCAGUGUGAGCUAUCUCGGGUCCUGAGGGAGAGGGACGCCUACAAGGCUCGCUACGAAAAGCUUGUCAGUACAAACGAGGCUCCACCUACCCACGCCAACAACCCCCCCUCACCACCCCCUAACUACUUCCUCUGAGGACAUACCCAGAGGAGAGGACAUAAAAAGUGAGGGAUGAGAGUGGGGUGAAAGAGCAGGUCAGCCUAAAUAAGGCCAGCACUGGGAAAUCAGACUUUGGGAGGAAGGGAGGGAGGGUUGGGGGUGUGUGUGCGUGUGUGGAGGUUGUGGAGGUUGUCAGGCGAGUAGUGGGGUUAGGACUAGGCCAUAUAUGACUGUGAAAUCAACCCGCUGAYCUGGCACUUGACUGUUAACUUAGGGUUCGAAUCGAGCCUUCAUAAACAGGACUAAUGGUGAAGAUUUCAGUUUUGAUAUCACAGUGACGUUCAUAGUAGCACAAAGACUCAAUGAAACAUCUUCAGCAUGCAUCUUGCACCGGUGAAAUCAGGGCAUGGAAGGUCACAGGUCAUCCUCAAACUGAACAAACACCAUCGUAUCAUUCAUCAACCUUAACACUAUCAACCUAUCUAUGCACAUUUAUUUCAAGCAGAAGAAAUUAAAAGAUGAACUGAUAUCCAAAACAAUGGUUGGGUUGAAUCCAGCCCCUGACAUGCACACUGUGAUGGUGUAGGUUGACUGGGCUCAUUGGAAACCCAAAGGUCUGAGUAGUGCUGUGGUAUUGGAUGUGUGGUGGUGUAUGAUCUUCAAGUGUCCAUGGCAUGCAGUUGUACUCGCCAGCGAAUAUUUCACAGUUGCCUACCAAGGUGUUUUUGCUCACCAAGACUUGUUACCCACUAUCACAUUUUUAAGAUGAAUAAUCAUAGAAAAAUAAUGUACAAGGAUCCUUUUUCUGAUAGAAUUCCUGUGGUUGUGCUAAAUGAAAAAUUUACAUAAACACUCAUGUAUGAAGUAGAUACAUAAAAAAAGAAAAAUUAAAACAAAUCCAUACUUUGCUUGUUGAAAAUAACGUCAUAAUGACUAUGAAGAAUAAUUGCAGUGUGCUAUCUGUGAUUCGUGAACAAACCUCCAAGACACUUCUUCUGUCAUCCUGUACUGUAGGAUUUCCACAAUCAAUCAGUUGACUCUAACAUGUGAAACAAGAAACUGUGGUUGCUGCAGUUGUUGUAGUCAAAUAGGUCUGUACAAAGAACAUCCCCCCCAAAAAGGKAACAGAGUGCUAAAUGGACUGUGUUGCUGUGUUUUGUCUUCAAGCUUUUAUAAUACAAUCUAGGUUGUGCUGAAAACACUUUUGUAAGAGAGCGACAACCAUAAUGCAACAAGCACCACAGAGCUGGACACUGUGGAUUCUUAAAAAGUGGGGUGAAAUGCAAGAAAAUGUGGACAUUCCAAGACACCUCURUUAACCAGCUCAUGAAAUGUUACCAGGGUAGCUACAUUAGAGCUAAUUGUUUUGGCUAGGUGUAGGUUAAUUAAUUGAUUUAUCUGUUUUAUUUAUUCACUUAUUUAUUCACAGUAUUUAUUCAUUGUUUAUUUAUGUACCAAUUAUUAUUAUUUUACUGGUUUACAAUUUAAUCUACAAGCUUAGUGUGUACUUUUAUUUUCAAGCAGGAUGAAUCAAUAUUUUAAUUAUCUUUUUGAUUAUUUUCAAUAGUAUGACUACAAUCAUUAUUGCCAUCAUGGUUGAUGCUCCUACUGUAGUGUGGUUUCCUAUGAAAUAAAGACAAUAUUUUUAUCA